AUAUAUGUAAAUAUUUAAGUGGUCCCUAAGGGGGUUCGUUUAGAGUGGGCAGCCAUUAUAGACACAGAUCGACCAAUAAAAGAUAAGAUGGCGAGAAGCGUGACGAACAAAGCCGGUAAUCUUCUCCUGACUCGGUUAUGGCGUCCGGUUUACCUUGGAACAACAGGGGGCACAAGGACAAGAUCUCUGGAAACCCUAGCUUUCGAAGAGGUCCGAACAUCCACCGAACCGUCAGACCACACAUUGACAGCUUUUGUGCUUCACGGCCUCUUGGGAUCUGCUCGAAACUGGCGAUCAUUCUCCCGAGCCCUCGCCUUCUCCCUCUCCAACUCAUCUCCUUCAUCCGAUUGGAGGAUGGUUCUCGUGGAUUUGAGGAAUCAUGGGAGAUCAGCUGAAAUAGAAGGAUUAUGCCUACCUCAUGAUAUGGUCAAUGCUGCCAAAGAUAUAGCUAAUUUGGUAAAGUCUCAUGGUUGGGUUUGGCCGGAUGUUGUCAUAGGGCACUCAAUGGGUGGUAAGGUUGCCUUGCAAUUUGCUGAGAGUUGUUCUCGUGGCGAUUAUGGUGAAUCUGCUCGAUUUCCCAAGCAGCUGUGGAUACUGGAUUCCGUUCCUGGAAAAGUGAACCCUGAUGACAGUGAUAGAGAAGUAGAGAAAGUAUUGCAGACCUUGCAAAGUCUGCCGUCAUCAGUUCCAUCACGGAAGUGGCUGGUAAACCACAUGAUUGAGCUUGGAUUUUCGAAGUCAUUAUCAGAAUGGAUAGGCAGCAACCUCAAGAAAUCAGGAGAACAUGAGACAUGGGCUUUCAAUCUUGAAGGUGCUGUCCAGAUGUUCGAUUCUUACCGGGAGAAAGAUUAUUGGGAUUUGUUGGAGACUACACCUAAAGCUAUGGAGAUAUCAAUUGUGCAUGCUGAGAACAGCGACAGGUGGGACCCAGAGGUGAUUCAGCGGCUUGAAGGCCUUGCUGGUCAGAGACGAGAUGAAUCUGAGGGGAAGGUUUCAGUUCACGUUCUUCCCAACUCGGGCCAUUGGGUUCAUGUGGACAAUCCAAAGGGACUUCUAGGGAUUGUGGCUCCCAAAAUUGCCUCCCUGGUCUAACCAUAUUAAUUUGAUGUGGAAGUACCUCUCUCUCUCUCUCCCUCAUUUAUUUUUUUAGUUUAACUAUUUAUCUAUAAUUGCUUGCUCCAUUUUCGGAUACACUGGUGACUGUUAUGAUAUCUCCUCAACCUCCUUUGGAGGAGGAUGAGAUAUCAAUUGUGAAAACAUGUUAGCAGAGAUGAGAUAUCAAUUGUGAAAACAUGGUAGUAGAUUCAGAUCUGUUCAUAUUAAA